AUGGGACAACCUCACAAUGUUACCUCUCGAUUCACCCGACGUGACCUCUCACUCUUGGCCCAGUCGUCUUCGAAAUCCCCCCUGCGUGUGAUUUCGCUAAUUGAUUAUGAUUCGUUCUAUGCCCAAUGUGAGAGUGUGCGACUCGGAAUUCCUCCAGACACGCCUCUGGGCGUACAGCAAUGGGAUGCCAUUAUCGCGUUGAAUUAUCCAGCCAGGAGAUAUGGACUCGCCCGUGCCAUUUCCGUCGAAGAAGCUAGAUUGAAGUGUCCGGAUAUCGUCCUGCAACAUGUUCCUACCUGGAGAGAAGGAUCUGAGACCUGGGCAUACAGACCUGUUGCCACCAUCAUGCCGGGCACCGACAAAGCAGCCCUAGACCCUUAUCGCCUAGAGUCACGAAAGGGUCAUGGAGUAAUCAGAAGAACAUUACCGCAAGAUCCCCCACAAAUUAUCGAAAAGGCCAGCGUGGAUGAAAUAUUUCUUGACCUCUCCGCGCAGGUUCAUGCUAUCAUGAUGCAGAGAUACUCGAACUUGCUAGAUGGUGACGCUUCUUCACCAAGUGAGCCUUUGCCUCUACCAGAGACUGUUGUCUCAGAUUGGCAUGCAGACUCAGUUUUUGGAGCUGAUCUUGGACAUGACCAUCUUGAUUGGGAUGAUGUGUCUCUACAUAUUGGAUCUGAAAUUGUGCAAAACCUAAGACGAGAAAUCUUUGGACAGAUGAAGUACACUUGCUCGGCUGGUAUAGCUCGUAACAAGAUAUUGGCCAAACUUGCAAGCGCACACAAGAAGCCGAAUCACCAAACAAUUAUCCUGCGUCGAGAAACUUGCGAAUUUCUUUCUGCGCAUAAGCUCACCAAGAUACGUGGGCUUGGAGGAGCUUUGGGUGCCAAAGUCGUUGAAAGCUUCAAAACAGACAUGGUCUCAGAGCUCCAUCAUGUAUCUCUGCCUCAGAUGAAAGAAGCUAUGGGACCGGAUAUUGGGGAGUGGAUUUUCAAAACCAUACGCGGCGAAGACCAAAGUGAGGUCAACCCUCGAACCGACGUCCAGUCAAUGCUCUCUGCCAAAACUUUCGUGCCAAAAAUUACUUCAGUCGAGCAGGCGGAAAAAUGGCUUCAUAUCUUCGUUGCAGAUCUGUUGGGUCGUCUGGCAGAGCUAGACGCCGAAGACCAUCAAGUCUGUCCCACUGUAGUUACUCUGAAUCACCUCAUAGAGGGCCGCUUUGGUCCCACUCGCUCCAAGCAGCUCACGAUACCAAGAUCAACAUCAAUAACUAAGGAAACCUUAUUCAAAUUUUCCCAUGAUCUACUUGACCAGAUUGUCAGGGAAAAGAACAGCUGGCCUUGCAGAAGUUUAUCUCUACGGAUUUCUGGAUUUCAGAAAGUUCCACGACAUCAUGGCCUCAUUUCAUCUUAUUUCACGACAAGUUCUGCCUCGACCAAAUUGCCUUCCAAACAUUCGACAACCGACUCUACAGCAAACCGGCGUGCCGAUGAUCUGCCCGAGAAGCGUGAGCCUGUCCACCCUCCACCCCCCAAAGGCAACUCCCUCUCUAAACAAGAAUCGUCCAACCCUGUUUUGUCGAAUAACGAAUAUUUCGGUGGGCUGGAAUCAGAAUCAGAACAUUAUGUCUGCCCCCAUUGCAAAAUGCCGGUCCCUCCAACUGAAGUACUUGAGCAUUUGGACUGGCAUGUGGCACUCAAACUCUCCGAAGCCGAUGCAUUGAAUGAGUGA